AUCUGGAAACGAACAAACGAUAAGCAAUAUAAAGGCUCAAUAAAUACAAGGAGAGUCAAUCCAUUCAAUAAUUAAGCUGACACAAAACAAUCAGCAACUACAGAAGCAUAAAAUAUGGGAAGUCUGAUGAUUGGAACUAGUGGUUAAAAGCGUUAGGCGCCGUUAUUGUAGUAUGCGCUCCGAAGCACUCAGCAAAAAGGAGGACAUUCUUGAAUGUGUAAAUAGAAAGGCAGAUGACAAAAAACUGCGACACUUUUCAAUCAGUCGAUAUGGGUUAGUGGAUAACGAUGUUAGAAAAGUUGUAUGGCCAAUUUUAGUGAGAGGAAAUUGCGAACUACCAGAUAUAGACCCUGAAAUGGUAAAGCACCAUCCAAGCUAUCAUCAAGUUAAAUUGGACACAUGUCGUAUGACAAGUUUAAUGCCUAAGAACUCAAAUCCCGAAGAAAUUGAAAGUAUGCAACAAAUUGUUACUCGUCUAGUGAUUUCUGUAUUAGUGGAUAACCCUUCUUUACAUUAUUAUCAGGGUUUCCAUGAUAUUUGUUAUGUAUUCUUUUCCGUUUUGGGUGAAAGAGAAUCUCGAAUGUUGCUGAAUAAAUUGAUCCCAACUCAUUUCAGUUUGUUCAUGCAGAAAUCUAUGGAUGUAACUCUCGAAUACAUGCAAUUGAUAUUCGCCUUGUUAGAACAUGUUUCAACUUCUGUACUGAAUAGUAUAGAAUCUGUUGAGUUAGGCCCAGAUUUCGCUAUUGCUUGGAUUAUUACUUGGUUUGCUCAUGUUCUACCUAAUAUGGAUGAUGUCAGACGCCUGUUCGAUUUAUUUUUAGCAACAGAUCCUAUCAUGUUGGUUUAUGUUUCAGUUGCUAUAAUUACUAUCAGUGCCAAAGAAGUGGAAUCAACACCGUUGGAUUUUGCUCUUUUGUAUCAAACACUUGCACGUCUACCUAAACUACAUCCCGUUGAGGAGCUUAUCCGUGAAGCUUUAAAAAUUUACAUCGAUUUAGAACCAGACAAAUUGAUUGAAUUAGGCAAUAAACGUAUUCUAAAAUAUCGUGAGCAAAAAUUACUAAACCGAUCACCAGUAAUACGUCAACCAUUUUCAAAAUCUACAAAUAAACAUAUAUUAUGGGGAUUAGUUACGCAGCAUCAAAGAACUAUUUUCUCUCUUAGUCUUAUCGUCAUUGUCAUUAGUUAUUUAUUAAAUAAAAGUUUAAAAGACUAGAAAAAAAAGAUGAAAAAAGACCUAGUUAUUACUGUUCAUAGUUAUGUAAUAAAGUUGAUUAUUUUCUAAGUUAUUUUGUCAAUACUUUAUUCAACUUGUUCAGAAACUUCUCUAUAAAUAUAUUUAUUAUUUCUUGAAAAUGCGUUCAAUGCAAGCUGAUGUAUGAAGUAGGUUCACCUCUUUUUAUUUCAGAAAUCUUUCUUCCCUUCUUUUUUCACCCUGUUUUAUGUCUUUUUAUAUUAUGGAUAUUCUAUGUCUAUGUAGUAUUGUUGGUGAAUUGUAGGAUAGAUAAGGAAUCUAUUUGAUUUUUCUCCUUAGGAAAAUUUAUGAUGAUAAUAAUUUGAUUAUUUAUUUUUAUUAUAUUUGUUUUUUUUGUGUUUUUUUUGAUAAAUAAAUUUAUGGAACAAAUAUUU